AUGUAGCGAGAUGGAUUGUUUGUUUAUUUCUGUUCAUACAUUCGUUGGACACGGUAUCUAUUUAACAGCAGUUUUCUUGAAUAAAUAAGAUAUAUGCAUUUAUUUAUUCAUUAUUUAGUAAUAAAAUAAAUUGUUUUUCGUGUAUUCGAGAACAAACAUUAUUCUCUUCUGUUUUUAUACAUAUAAUUAAGUGCAACGUUAUACAAACUUUAUUUUGUUCGUUUGAAUUCGUGAUAAUGCUUCUCCGAUGUGUAGUAUGGUUACAAUUUAUACUGAUUCUAGAUUUGAGUGGACAUUUGCAUACUGAGAAAGUUUUGGAUAAGGAUAAACAAUUAUUUCCACCUCAUCUCAUCGGAGAAGAUUCGCUGAACCCUAAAAGGGAAAUUGUUCGGAGAAAAAUAGUACUUUAUCAUAAUUUUUUCCGUUCCAAAGUUCGACCAAUUGCGUCGAAUAUGCUCCUCGUGUCGUGGCAUCCCAAGGCAGCUCGUCAAGCACAGCGCUACGCAGAGCAAUGCGUGUAUUUGAAACAUAAUGAUAUUAAAGAGAACACCGUACCUUCUCUGGGAACCUGUGGACAAAAUUUAUUCGUAGCGGCACAGAAGACACCAUGGUUUUUCGCCAUAAAGACUUGGUUCGUGGAGAAUGAAAACUUCACGUAUGGAGAUCCAAACGUGAACCUCACAGCAGUAGGACACUACACCCAAAUGGUUUGGGCAACGAGCUACAAAGUCGGAUGUGGUCUAGCGCAUUGUUCCGGGGGACCAUGGGGACAUUUUUAUAACUACGUGUGUCACUAUUGUCCUGGUGGCAACAUCCUCACAAUAGCACAGUAUCCAUACAAAACUGGUGAGAAAUGCUCGGAUUGCCCAGAUCACUGCACAUCUGAGUCUUUGUGCACGAAUUUCUGUCCGGUUCGUGACUAUUACUCUAAUUGCGAUGAGCUCGUAAAAAAUAUCGACGGUUUCUGCAAGCAAGGAAUGUGCAACGCGACUUGUUCAUGUGGAUCGAAACUUCUUCACAAGAAUUAUCCUUGGUCAUAAAACUAUACUUAAAUUUUGUAAGGAACCUGUGAAUUAUUAAACGACUUUUUAUAUUUUAA